AUGUCGCUUCAACGAAAAAGGGCUCUUGAUGAGAAUCUCCAAAAUAGCCAGAAUAUCAAUGAGAAGUCCACUAAAGACGACAAUAUACUCACGAAAAAGCCGGUUUUCCGCUACGAAAACAUCGCCAGGUUCUACAACGCUGAGCCAGGAGAGCCCCAUAUCAACAUUCCGCGUAAACCAUCUGCUAUAGUGAUUGGAAGAAGCAGUUCCUGUGAUAUCAAAAUCGUUGGAGGUGACGUUUCUUCGAAGCAUUGCCAGCUAACCAUAACGAAUAAUAACCAGAGAGAAUAUCUCUACAUAGUAGACAUUAGUUCAAAUGGCUUAUAUGUGAAUGACGAAAAACUCGGCAAGGGUCCUCCUGGGGUAUUGCUAAGAAGUGGUGAUAAGAUCAGCUUUGCCAAAACUGGAGGCUCGUAUAUAGUCCGAUACAUGGCCGAUAUCGUCAGUAGUGAACAGUCAAAGACUUACAAGAAGACAUUCUUUGAAGAUUACAUUAUAGGAAAUCAAUUGGGAUCGGGUCAUUAUGCUGUAGUGAAAGAAGCAAGGGAUAGAUCGACAGGAGACGUAGUAGCAGUGAAGAUAUUCCAUCCCAACAAGCAGGCUACUUCAAAUUGGCUGCAAGAGGAGGCAAAGUUGCAACAGGAGAUGAAUUUAUUGUUGUCUAUAGAUCACCCAAAUAUUGUGAGAUUCAUUUCUCACUAUAUUGAGCCCAUUAACCAACAUUCUGUUGCUACGUAUUUGGUGCUAGAGAAGAUGAACUCGGGAGAAUUGUUUCAACGAAUCAUCAAUAAGGGCAAACUCCGCGAAAAUGAAACCAAGGCAUUCUUCAAGCAGCUCUUGUCUGGACUUAGCUACUUGCACGAAAACAACAUCAUCCAUCGUGAUAUCAAACCUGAAAACAUCUUGUUGGAUAUCACUCCUAGAACAUCUAAGAACCAGAAACAGACCGGCCCCUGGGACGAAAAAGAAUAUGAUGUGAGAGUCAAGAUUGCCGACUUCGGUCUUGCCAAGUUCAUUGGCGAAUUGAAGUUCACCAAUACCUUAUGUGGAACACCAGCAUACGUAGCUCCAGAAGUGCUAAAGAACGACAGAAACUACUCUACUAAAGUGGACAUGUGGCUGACUGGAGUUUUGUUGUAUGUCUGCUUAUGUGGGUUCCCUCCAUUCAGCGACGAGUUGGGACCUCCGUCGAUGAAGGAACAGAUUUUGAAUGGAAUCUUUGCAUUUUUCUCUCCAUAUUGGGAUGAUAUAGAUGAUGUCGUGUUGGACCUUAUCUCGAGCUUGUUGGCCGUAGAUGUAGGAGACCGUUUUGAUGUCAAACAAACACUAGCUCACGAGUGGUUCGCCGAUGGCCAAAAAGAUGUGACUGAUGUUACCGACGACUCGGCAGGUGCUCUGUAUUUUGAUAGCAUCCAAAGUAUCCCAUCGAAGAAACUAAUAGUUCGUUCUAAUUCACAGCCUCAAGCCAUGAGUAUACGAGAUCGAUUUCUUUCUGAUAUGAAUCUUAUUUCAGAUACAGAACGGUCGUCUAUACUAUAA